CCCGGAUUGCUUGCCCUUUUCAGCCAGCAAUCUGAAAUACUCGUUCAUCCCAUUCGUGUAGCUUCGUCCAAGCACCUGCCCGACAUCCUCGUGAGAUCUAUCCCACUGGUCUGGGACAGUGCGCAGGACGCCAUCUGUCCCUAGUCUGGGGCUCGAUCGCCACUAUGUCGCCCUCCAAGCAGUCUGUUGCCAUGGCGGACAUGCCCUUCAUCGUCUCCACCGGCACCAAGAAGGUCGAUCCCCGUACCCGCAAACUCAUUCGCAGCCAUGUCAUGAUUGGCAAAAACCGUGGCAAAUCCCGCUAUCGCCAAGCAGAAGCCGAUCCAUCGACACCGGCGGACACGAGCACAGACGAUACUUCGGCUCCUCCUGCCGAUGGGGCGGGUUCAUCAUCCACAUCGCCUGCGGCACAAGUGCCAGCCACCCGCUUGCCGUUAGAUCUUCCCCGCAGAGUCGGCAACGACAUGUCCCUCAUCCGGCUGGCUGAUGACACCACCAGCCCAGCAGCCCUAGCCACUAUUCUUCGCUUCACCGACCGGGCAAAGAUGGAGUUCUACCCCCUUGCCGUAUGCAUCGUAUUCAACAAGUCUAGUCGAUCCUGGAUUCUUGACAUGCUGUCACUAGACGCGGCCUAUCUCAACGCCAUGGUCAUCACUACCCAAUCAUACUUUGGGAUCUACAAGGGUCCCGAUGCGGCCCAGUCCCCUCAUCUGGGGAAAGCCAUCCGCCUGUUACGCAACCGGCUCGAAGACGAGCAGGUUCGCGUGUCCAAUGCAACCGUAAUGGUCGUCAUCAUUCUCAUCCUGCACGCGCAUAUCGUGAGUGAUUAUGCUGCCGUACAACAUCACACCCAGGGUCUCCGCAAGAUGGUCCGUCUGCGCGGGGGCUUGGGGGCGUUCACAUCCAAUAACAAACUGGUCAUUGAUCUUAUCCGAUGCGAUGUGGGACUAGCGAUCCACAGUGGAGACAAACCCGCGUUUUUCGAGAACCGUGAUCUCGACAUCUUCGUCCCGUCUGAGCUCUGCUUCACGGCGCGCUCUCGUCCCGACCCGUCGUUCGUCCGGGAGCUUGACCCCGGUCUCGCUCGGAUCUGGCAUAUUAUGCAGGGAUUCUGUGCCCAAGUCAACCUGACCACCAAGACGAACGGCAUGAUCCCCGAGACCGAUUUCAUGAAAACAAUGGCCUCCGUCAUGUACCCUCUGUUACACAUGAGCUUUGAUCCCGGGUCCCGUGACGAGGCGAUUCGUCUAGCUUUACUCAGCUACGGAUUCGACAUCUUCCUGCAGUUCCGCAGCGACCCCACUCCGUACGUCCACCUGGCUGCCUCGUACCAGCGCUGUCUCAAUGGUUUAGCCAAGCGAGAUGAUGUGUCCCCGCAACUCUGGAUCUGGCUGUUAACCGUCGGUGGUCUUGUGGUGUUUUUACCUGCCGUCAGGCAGAAUUUCCGGCACUGGCUGUUGUAUUACCUGGGGAGCUGUCGAGUUCGCUCGUGGGAGGAGAUGCGGGCCAUUCUCUCUUCUUUCAUCUGGAUUGGACUUGUGCAUGAUAAAGGAGGAAAAGAGAUUUUUGAUAAGUUGUUUGCCAAUCUGGAGCCGGGGGCGGAGACAUUUGUUGAUCAGACGUCUUCGUCGAAAUUAAUCACCUGUUAGAGGUGUUACGAUUUAUGUGAACUGGUAUUGUUUAAGGUUCGAAAAUGGAUAUAGGGCACGAAUAUAUAUUGAUACAUACACUACUGUUCUAGUCUACGUCUUUUCGAAUGGUGUGCAUACUAAUCGUAUGUUAGUCACGUGUUCUAUUCCAUAUAUAUAUAUAAGUAUAUAUAUUUAUUUAGAGAA